AUGCCACAAACCGCAUACCAAAUGCCCCCUAGCUCCGGACAUCAAACCUACCGGGGAAAGCUGGGGCAGCUGAGGAUGCAAAGGCUUUCGUCAAGAAUGUAUGCGAAGAUAGGUCAGAACUGGCUUAUGAGGACGCCCGAAGUUUUCCAAUUUGUAUUCUAUCCGAGAUACAUAGAGGAGGUCCGUUCAGCAAAGGAAGUCGACUUGUACAAUCUGCCCGCGAACAACGACUUGAUGCAAACGGGUCACACCUUGCACAAGGAUUUGGAAUGGGAUCAAUAUCACUUCAAUGUCGUCAGCAAACAGCUGACCCAAAGCUUGGGUCCUGGGCUCCCAGCCAUUGUUGACGAAUGCUUCGGGGCAUUCCACGAUUUAAUCGGCGAACCGAAGGGUAUGUUCUCCGAUAUUAUGUCCUUCAGCAUCGUUCCACGGACGGCGAACAGGCUUCUUUUUGGAGUAGAUCUUGCCAAGAACAGAGAUUUCUUGAAGCUCGCAAUAGAUUGCAGCGACACUUUCUUCGCAGGCGCCAACAUGAUCCGUCACUACGCGGAAUGGACGAAACGUCUUGCCUUAGACACCUCUACCCUCUGCUACGAACUCGCAUUACGGCGAUGGAGAAGGCAAAGAGAGACGAGACAUAUGAAUAGACAAAACCCUGUAAUACUGUACGGCGGGUUCUCGACUGAAAGACUAAUGCUGAGACUGAUUCAUAUUCUCACUGCUGCGGUACAUACCAGCAGCGUAACCUACCUGAAUGCGCUUUAUGACUUGGCUAUGCACCCAGAUAUCCACGACGAGCUGCGUGAAGAGAUAAAGAACGUGUUCGCAUCUCAGAACGGCGAGUGGCGAAAACAGGGCCUGACAAAGAUGAUGAAACUGGACAGCUUUAUUAAGGAGAGUGCGAGGUUCCAUCCCUUCCAAGCAGGUACCAUGGACCGUGUUGCGAUGAAAGACUAUACACUUAGCGACGGCACGUUAGUCCCCAAGGGCACGUACAUGUUGACACCUUCAUCGGCGGCCAACUUUGAUACCGAAGUCCGGGAUCCGAAUGCCUUGGAUUUCGACCCCUGGAGAUUCCAAAAGCGGCGACUAGAGAAGGGCCAGGAGACUGCAUUCCAUGGUUCAAACUACGCCACAAUUCACUUACUUCGGGUAUGA